CGACGUAAAGUUGAAGCACAUCUUAUAGUUCCACUAGUACAUAUAUUUCGGUGUAAUGUACUUAGCUCCUUCGGAUUAGUAGCGUAUAUCUCGAAAGGCAAUUAUUUUAAAAUUUAAGUAGAUGAAUCUUUACGACGAUAUAGACACCAAGCCAAGAACGAACCAAAUAGAUGGCUGGUCGUCGGGAAUAAAAAUGUUACAAACCCAGCUGGUGGUAAAAAAGGCUGUCAAAAAACCUCUGAUGACACCGGUGGUUAAUCUUAAAGCUAAGCGCUCCGUUGAAUCAGAUGCUCAAUGUAUUGCUUUAAUGUGUAAGGUAGCCAAGCCCAUUAUUACUGGCAAAGCCAUACCGCCCAAGAUAAUAAACCAACAUAAGGAAGACUGGGAUUUUUUGGACGAGUACGAUCCGCAAUGGCCAAAUGAAUACGAAAAAAUCAAAAACAAAACAAAAUGCAAUGAGAAGUCCCGAGGUAGCGCCUGUGGCAGCGUGGAUGGGCCCAAGCGAGAAGAACGUGAUAUAGACAAAGACAGGGAGCGGAAAAGAGGACGUAUAGGUCGUCGAGAAGUCCAUAAAGACGACGUCUUGCCGCCUAAUAUUAAAUUUAGCGCUCUUGGCCAGCGUCAACACGAUAAUGACACGCAGAGCCCAUCUUCGGUCCCUGCAUCUAAGCAGGGAGGAGGUGCCACGAUCGCUCCUCCUCCUUCGCUUCAAGAAAUUUUCAAUGAUAGUGGAGAUGGAUCGUUCAACCUUACCGUGCCGCAAUCAGCAAGCUCGGUAGCCGCCAAAAUUAUGGCUAAAUAUGGGUUUAGGGAUGGACACGGACUUGGAAAAUCCGAGCAGGGUAUGUCAAUAGCCCUGCAAGUUGAGAAAACCUCUAAACGGGGCGGUCGCAUCAUACACCAGAAAGACGUUUUUCCACCGCCGUCGUCAAUAUCGUCCCCCGCGAUUAGUUCGCCAAUGAGACUAAGUAACGACUCCGAUACAGAGCCCAGCAUUACAGAGAUUAUGAAAUCACCUAGCAAAGUAGUUUUCCUUCGCAACAUGGUAGGCCCCGGAGACGUAGAUGAUGAGUUGGAGCCCGAGGUAAAGGACGAGUGCAAUACAAAGUACGGGGAAGUGAACAUGGUCAUCAUUCACGAAGCAUUUGACACCGUCCCUGAGGAUGCUGUUAAAAUAUUCGUGGAAUUUAAGCGCAUCGAAAGUGCCAUUAAAGCUGUAGUGGACUUGAAUGGACGCUUUUUUGGAGGUCGUCAAGUACGAGCGGGUUUUUUCAAUUACGACAAGUUUAAAUGUUUCCAAUUAAAUUAACUUUAAUACUUAACCUACACAUGUUAAAACGGUAUGACCCAAAACUGUUCCAAAAUCCCAGAUAUUUGAAUUUAAGAAGUUAGUUUUCACACUGCAUUUAUUUAUCAAUGGUUUCCGCUCCCAAUUCAUCAGAUUGUUGGUUAGAGAAUUUUAUAUCCGUUAUACGUACAGUAAAAUUCCGAAUGAGCCUUGAUUCUUUUAUAUUAUAAGAGAAAGUUGGGAGUCCCACCUUAGAACUCAGUAAUGAAAUUACUAAAUAAUUAAAUUAAAA